UGAACCAUGGAAACGUACGAUUUUAGUCCCAACAAUGGUGCCUACAGCCCCAUUCAAUCUUUCUUAGAAAUUACAGAAGCUACUUCGGGUGUUAAUGAUGCUCCUGAAAUCAUUAUAAUGGAUGACGACCAGUUUGAGCUUCCUCCUUACGAUGUCAUGAUGGACAGAUUUGAUCAACAGUUUGGGAAUUCCUUACAAAAUGGGAUGUGGGCACCUCAAUAUAGUGCAUUCAAUGCUUACAUAGAUGCGCAUUCAAACACCGCUGUAGAUUCUUUGGUAUCCUCUCAGACUCUGCACAAAAGAUGUUUCAGAUUUCUGAGAAAAAUCGAUGAAGAUAGAAAGUUAGAGAUCCAGAGAUCAUGCCUGCCGCAGGAAUCACUAAUGGCUCCCUCAAAUACAAGAAAGAAGAAUCAAGCCAAAACAGCAUUUCACCACAUGAUUGCAGAACGCAAUAGGAGAGUCAAGUUGACUCAGCAUUUCAACAAUCUUUACUCGCUUCUUCCUAGAAGUUGUAAGAAAGAUAAGCAUUCAAUUUUGUCGAAUACUACAAGCUAUUUGAGAGAAUUAAAACUUAGGGUUUGUGAGCUGGAACAACAAAGUGAGAGCGUCGAGGAAUCGAUUCAGAGGAAUUUCAGAAAUACUGAAGGAGGAAAUGGUGGGUUCGAGUCCCACGACAAACCUUUUUUCAAUUCAGAAAGCUCAUUACUUUAUCGUAGCGACGAUGUGAUCUUGGAGCAAUGCGAGGAUUUCCCCUCCCAAGUUAAAAUUAUAAUUAAUGAGCAGAGAAGAAUCGUUUCAUGCCCACCAAGUCUGUUAAUCAAGGUGAUGGAGCUCUUCAGAGCAGAGCAGUUGGAAAUCCUUUCAUUUUCCCAUAUCAAUGGAUUUCGAUUUCAGGCUAUUUUCAUCGUACUACCAAAGGGUGAGGACUGGGAUAUUUCACAGUGGCAAAGCUUUGGGAGUUUAGUCAGUGGGACACUUAACUGAGCAAUGGAGGAACCAAAGGAGUG